CUGACACGCUGCGGCAACAGCCAUCGUCGUUGCUUGGCUCUGGCCAGAUUCCCACAGCUAAAACAACAGCUGGAACCACUCAACUGUCGUCUGUCUCUUGGAUCUCUUGCUUGGCUCGUUGCUCGAACGCCACCUCCACCAACAAACCAAACACCAACACCAACUCACCACCACCCACACCACCAUGUCCCUCCCCACGUCCGGCGCAAACGACGACGGCGCGCCCGCGCCCCUCCUCGACAUCGACCCGACCGACCAGCCUGCCCCCGCGGCCGCAGCGCCCACGCGCGCCGGCGCCGACCUCGCCCUCGAGCAGGUCAUCCAAAGGACUAACCCCCAGGCGGCGGCGCCGCUGCAGUACCAGGUGGCCGGGCACCAGAACGUCAUGAGCGAUGAGAGCGGGAGCUUGGUGAUCAAGCCCGGAUCCCCGCGCGAAGUCGCCUUCUACCACCUCGUCGCCGGCGCGCCGCGCAAAGAGCCCGUGUCCAACCUCGAGCAGUUCCUCCCCAAGUUCUACGGCACGCUCCAGCUCUCUGGGCAGGUUGGCCCCAGCGGGUCGGUGCAGGCUGUUGAGGGGGCCGAGAAUGAGCCGGAGAACGUCGUCCUCGAGAACCUCGCGUACCCGUUCACGCGCCCCAACAUCCUCGACGCCAAGCUUGGCACUGCGCUCCACGGGCCCGAUGCGAGCGAGGAGAAGGCCGCGCGGAUGGUCAAGAAGGCCGAGGAGACGACGUCGGGGGCUACGGGCUUGAGGUGGACUGGAUCGCAGACCUGGCACGAGGCGUCGCAGACGUUCAUCCAGACGCCGCGCGAGUACGGGUACAACCUGACGCGGGAGGGCUUCCCGGGCGCGCUGGUGCGCUACUUCCCCCUCCCGACCGACGAGGUGCCGCAUAUCCCGCAGCCGGGCGUGGUGGAGGUGCGCGAGCCGUACACUGCGCACGCGCUGCCUCCGGCACUGACGGCGCGUGUGCUCUCGUACAUUGACGAGGAAGUGGGCCGGAUCGAGGCGGCGCUCGCCAAGGUCGAGCUGCGCGCCGUCGGCAUGUCCGUGCUCAUCGUGUACGAGGGCGACGCGUCGGUCCUCGGCAACGCGCUGGACCGGUACGAGGCCGCGCGUGUCUCGCGCGCUGCCAAGGGCCUCGCGCGCGGGCACGACAGCGACGACGACGACGACCUCGGCGAGGACUCGGAGAGCGUCGACAGCGACGACACGGACGAGUACGCUUCCGGCGACGACGCCGAGCCGUACUCUGCCAAGGCGGACGCGCGCGCCGCCAAGAAGGCGCCUGCGCUCACCGUCAAGCUCAUCGACUUUGCGCAUACCUGGAUGGCCAAGGGCGAGGGCGCCGACCAGGGCGUGCUCAAGGGCAUUGCGACGCUGCGCGCGCUCCUCCAGGGCCGCCUGCGCGAGGUGCAGGCCUGGAUCGAGGUCAACGACCCCAAGGACGCCAAGGUCGUCCGCGAGCUCAUUGCCGACCGCGAGGCCGCUGCUGGCGGCUCGGCGGCUGCGCCCGCGCCAGAGGACAAGCACAAGCACCACUUCCACUUGUUUGGAAAGCACCACAACAAGUAGAUCUAGAAU